ACAAACCGCCUUCACUUGCCUGCAAAUAACGCGAAUCUCUCUCUCUCCAAUCGAAAGCGAAAUCCAGCUGCGAACAAAAUUUUAAUCAUUCGCAACGGAACAAGAACCUUACUAAUUCCGGAUCCCAAUUCUGGUUUCGGCUCAUCCUUUCCUCAUUAUUUUCCCUUGCAAGCGACGAGUUGGACUAGGAUUUUAGGAUUAGGGUUAGGGUUAGGGUUUGUUUUUGUACCUUUUUAUCUGCGUAGUUCGUGCAUGCGAAGGUCUGGAUCGGUUAAGCGUAUGUAUGGCAGUGGUUGUAUUUGGAUAGAGUGGAAUUUGAAGCUUUGACUAUGGAACGGGCCAUAGGUGGGUUAAUUUGUGGUUAUUGUUGGUGAUGACUAGAGACCGAUGUCACCUGGGAAAGAAGAUGAUGGGUAGGGGUGCGGAUGGAGGCUGUGGUUCUGAGGAGAGGUCUUGCCCAGUGGCAAGAGUGCCGAACAGAGUAACGUUGACCCAUACUCAAACACAUGAGGAUAAGUUGUCUACUGUGGACAUUGAUUAUUACGCUCAGGCUCAAAAGGCGUUGUGCGAGCGUUCGCCAUUCGAUGUAGCGGAGGAGACUGCAGCUCCUUAUGUGCCCACUUUGCCCGGUAGGUUGGGUAGCUCUUUGAGCAGACAUACGGGUGGUAAGAAGCGGCAGAGGAAAUCCAAUUCUGGGGCAGACAAGAAGACUUGGAGGCAAGGUGAAAGGUCACGUGGCUCCAACAUUUGGGUCGAGACAGAGGAAUAUUUUAGGGACUUGACGCUGUCUGAUGUAGAUACUUUGCGUGCAGCGUCUUCUUUUAGUGGUUUAGGGUUUAGGAAAUGUUUUUCAAUUCCGUCUUCUGGAAAUGACUCAGAAGCAAAUGUAGGUGGCAGUGAUAAUGCUAGUGAUGAGAUUACAGAUGGGGCUAUUGUUAAAGACGAGGUUGAGGAUGACUGUUUGGGCUCGGAUGUGGGCAUGGUUGAAGCCAGUGAUUCUCCUCUUGGAGACAAGGGUUGUUCAAACUUGGAUUCGUCUCCCGGCUUAGAAUGGAUAUUGGGUUGUAGGAAUAAGGUGUCCUUAACUUCGGAGCGGCCUUCGAAGAAACGGAAGCUUCUAGGUGGUGAUGCAGGAUUGGAAAAAGUUCUAAUUGUUUCUCCUUGCGAUGGAAAUUCAUCUUUAUGCCACUUUUGCUCUAAGGGAGAUACGUACAAAGGGGUAAAUCCGUUAGUUACUUGUAGUUGUUGUUAUGUGGUGGUUCACUAUAAGUGCUAUGGCAUAAGAGAGAAAGUCAAUGGAUCCUGGUCGUGUUCUUGGUGCAAGCAGAAGGAUAAAACCAAUGAUUCCACAAAGCCCUGUUUGCUCUGUCCCAAGCAGGGUGGGGCUCUGAAGCCUGUACAUAAGAACGUCGACAGUGGAUUUUCUGUUGAGUUUGCUCAUUUAUUUUGUAGUCAGUGGAUGCCAGAGGUAUUCAUAGAGGACUUGACGCAGAUGGAGCCUGUUAUGAAUUUGGGAGGUGUAAAAGAAACCCGGAAAAAGUUAGUAUGUAACAUAUGCAAAGUCAAGUAUGGAGCCUGUCUCCGGUGCAGCCAUGGAACUUGCAGAACAUCCUUUCAUCCAAUUUGUGCAAGGGAGGCUAGGAAUAGAAUGGAGGUCUGGGCAAAAUAUGGGUGUGAUAAUGUGGAGCUUCGUGCUUUCUGUUCAAAGCAUUCAGAAAGUCAAUAUUGUAGGAGCAGUGGCCGAUUUCAAGACCCUUUUGAAGCUGUUAACAGUGGCUCACAUGUGGUCAACCACCUUCCAAUGACAUUAUCAGUUAACAGACCACAAAAAUUAGUUGGGAGAAGGAACAUUGAUAACCUUUUACUCUGUAAGGAUGCUUCUGAUUCCAACCCUGGAAAAUUGGACGAUGGAAAAUUAGAAGAUAUAGGAUCUGCUUAUCCCAGUUUAAAUGCUGAUUCUGAUUGUGUAGAUACACAUAAAUGUACUGUUCAGGGGGUUGAGGAUGUCAACCCACUUGACUCCCUUAAGUUUGCAACAAUUAUGAAAAAGUUGAUCGACCAAGGAAAAGUGGAUGUUAAAGAUGUAGCAUCAGAAAUCAACAUACACCCUGAUUUAUUAUGUGCAAAACUUACUGUAAUGCCUGCUGAAAACCUUGUCCCUGACCUGAAAGUCAAAAUUGUCCGAUGGCUAAGAAAUCAUGCUUAUAUUGGCACCUUGCAAAAAAAUUUGAGAGUCAAACUCAAAUCGGCUGCUUUACCCAAAGCUGUUGUUGGAGCUGCUCAUUGUUCCAACUCUUCAUCAGUUCCUGAUUCUGAUGAUUCAAAUCUUGUUACUGAUAAGAUGGUUAUACCUCAAAGAAAAGCUAAAAACACUAUAAGCCUUUUGAAGAAUGAUGAAAUCAAAUCUUCAUCUGAAGAAAUAGUUGGUGGCCAUGGUCUAGCGGUGCAAAGUGGUAUCUUGGACCAGAAAGCUUGUGAAGAACAAGCUGAUUCAAAUAAAGAAUGCAUCCAAGACACUGGAGAGAAGCAUUUAAAUGAGCAUGACAGUUCUCAAGAUUCCCCUUCAAGGAACUUUCCAAAUUAUGUAGAGGGUGAUCAUUUGGAGGCUCCCAUUUCUGGUCAUUAUUCUUCAAUAAGUGCAGUUCAUGGAAAGGCUAGGGAGUCCCCUGAUUCUUAUUGUCAUCCAUAUGUCCAAGAGAAGAUGGCACAUAUGUUGGAUGGAAAGCUUCUUGGUAACUUCAUAGUUGGAUCUCGUGAUGUGUUUGAAGGAGAGAUGUCUCGUUGGCAAGCAUCUUCCAAUGUAAGCGUUUGCUGUGAUCACCAACACCAGUAUCUCGAGUGCAAUGAUGUGAGUUGCAAAUCUGGUGGAUUUAAUCCGACGCAGCAAAUGAAUAAAAAAAUAAGUGGAAUCAUAAAGUUGUCUCCAGUAGAUGAAAUUGAAGGAGAAAUUAUAUUUUAUCAGCAUAGAUUACUUGCAAAUGCAGUUUCAAGAAAGCGGUUCACUGAUCAUUUAAUUUGUGAUGUUGUUAAGAGUCUUCCUAAGGAGAUUGAUGAAGCAAGAAGUACGAGAUGGGAUGCCGUUCUUAUUAAUCAGUAUUUUAGUGAGCUCAGAGAAGCCAAGAAACAGGGUAAGAAAGAGAGAAGACACAAGGAAGCACAGGCUGUACUAGCUGCUGCAACUGCUGCUGCGGCCGCCUCUUCUAGGAUGUCAUCUUUCAGAAAAGAUGUAUAUGAAGAAUCUACUCAUAGAGAGUUGAUGCCUCGUGCAAAAGAAACUCUUACAAAAGUUGCUCUCCCAAAGGCUUCAUUAGAGUCUGAUUUCUGUAAAGAACAUGUGAGAUCCUGUGACAUCUGCAGGCGGCAAGAGACAAUAUUUAAACCAAUUUUAGUCUGCUCCAGCUGCAAGGUUGCUGUACAUCUGGAUUGUUAUCGUACUGUUAAAGCGUCCUCAGGUCCAUGGUGCUGUGAAUUAUGUGAAGAAUUGUCACUAUCAAGAGGGUCUGGAGUGCCAGCUGUCAAUCUUGGGGAGAAGUCAUAUUUUGUUGCAGAAUGUGGUCUAUGUGGUGGCACCACAGAUGCAUUCAGGAAAUCAUCAGAUGGCCAGUGGGUCCAUGCUUUCUGUGCAGAGUGGGUCUUUGAAUCAACUUUCAAAAGAGGACAAGCAAAUCCUGUGGGAGGAAUGGAGACAGUUUCAAAGGGGAUGGACUCUUGCUAUAUUUGUCACCGCAAGUAUGGUGUCUGUUUGAAGUGCAAUUAUGGUCAUUGUCAGUCCGCUUUUCAUCCCUCAUGCGCUAGAAAUGCUGGAUGUUACAUGACUGUAAAGACUUCUGGUGGUAAAUUGCAGCACAGGGCAUAUUGUGAAAAACAUAGCACAGAGCAGAGAGCAAAGGCUGAAAACAAAACACAUGGAAUCGAGGAAUUGAAUAGAGUCAAGCAAAUUAGGGUUGAACUUGAGAGAUUACGCCUACUCUGCGAGAGAAUCAUCAAGCGUGAGAAGAUCAAGAGGGACCUGGUUCUUUGUUCGCAUGAUGUUCUUGCUUUUAAAAGAGACCAUGUAGCACGAUCCGUACUAGUUCAGGCUCCUUUCUUCCUACCUGAAGUUAGCUCUGAAUCAGCUACCACAUCAUUAAAGGGGCACGUUGAGGAUUUGAAAUCGUGUAGUGAAGCUGUGCAGAGAUCAGAUGAUUUAACCGUGGACAGCACAGUUUUCAGCAAGCACUGGAACAAAGUACCAAUGUCUUUGGACAAUGAGCAAAAGACUGACGACGACAGUUCUGCAUCUCAGAACCCAUUCCCCCAAAAAUUUGCAGACAGGGGUCAGUUUGCCGGGAAGCAAAUACCGCAGAGAUCUUUGACUGCCACAUCAUCACGUAAUCUUGUAGAUGUUGGAGGAUUGAAGUUUAAGUCAAGAAAGCAUGCUGAGACGUUUCAGAAAGAACUGGUAAUGACAUCCGACCAAGCAUCAAUGAAGAACUCUCUUUUACCUAAGCAGUACCUGUAUGUUCCUGCUGAUGUCCUUGCCAAGGAGAAGCAGGUCAACCAGGAAACAGGUUCUGCCAAGACACCGAAAUAUGAGAGGUAGAUGGAAAAGGUAUUUCUCGUGUGUUUCACAUUUCCUCAUCAGAGGCCAAACAUCGAUAUGCCUCUGACCCAUAACUUGCUUGGAAACCGAGUCCGAGAGCAAGUAAUAUGGCCGAUGGAGAAGAGCAGCAGCAGGGGGAAUGCUGGGAUGGACUCCAGCAGGGUGCCAGAUUCCGAGUUGGGCAAUGGAAGUUUUGGCAUGGCAGAUGUGCGUUCGAGGUCGAGAUUAAUUGUACUGGUGGGUGGAAUCAUACGGUUAAAUGUUGAAAUGGGGGCAGAUUCGAGUUUCCGUUGUCUUUGUGAUGUCUUCCUGAUCGAAUUUUGAGAAGUAUUAGCCGUUGUGUACGCGAAAGAGUUGGGGGAGGGAAAA